AUGUCUGGUUAUUUUUCAGGAUUCUCCCUGAACAAGAUCACCGAUUCAAUUGCUACCGCCGCACACAAGACUCAAGACACACUGAACAAUGCGUUGGCAAGUGCAAACGUGAAUUUAAAUGACCCUGAAACAAGAUUGUCCAUUAAAUCACGUACCAGGUUUGUUCAGGAAUCAUUGGGUACUGUUUCUGACAUAAGUAAGUUACCGCCACAGUACCAAUUCUUGGAGAAGAAAAGCGAUUCUUUAGAGAAAGUUUGCAGGAGAAUUUUACUGGUGUCCAAAACCUUUGAGGUGGAGGGCUACGACUACCCGCCAAAUUUAACGGAAAGUAUUUCGGAUUGGUGGUCCGUCAAUAAAGACGGCUGGUUUGGUUCUAGGAAAUCGGAAAAUGCCAAUAAAAAGAAAGUUUCCAACCAUGAUGACGCCUUUUUGCCAAGAUCUUUUGCUCAAGCGAUCUCAAAAGCCGCUGUUGACUGCGAGUGUGAAUUUCAAAGCCUAAAACAAGAUGAAAAGGCAGGAUUGAAGAAGAAAAGCGAAUCUAAUGAAACCGCACAGGAUGCAGAGGCGCAAGAAGAGGACGAGGAAGAUGAAGAAGAUGAAGAUUUAUCUAACUUGAUUAAAGUCUUUGACUCCUGGUCAACUUGUUACAAAAACAUUGAUGAAGGUAAAGCAGAAAUGGAUUCAACGAUGAUUAAAGAGUUCAACAAAAAACUAGAGAAACUGAUAAACAAAGACUUCAAGAAAGUUCACGAAUUGCGCAAAAAAGUGGAAGAUUCAAGACUCAAAUUCGACACAAUGCGUUAUGAAGUCAAAUCAAAAGAAGCGAAGCUGAAGGCUCAAAAGGCUGAAACCUCAAAGGAGGUUGACGACAAAGCUGUUAGCGCAAACGCCCCCAUUUCUCCGGAUGAAAAUCCGACUACUGAGGAUGAGAGUCCCAUAUCAAAGGAUUUAGAAGGUGAUUCAAAGAAAGAAACCAGCGGAUCCGCCGCAGAUGAUGCCGCUGUUGUGAAAGAAGAUUCGAAAGCUAACCAAGGCGAUGAGCCCACGAUAGAAGACCUCGAAGAAAACAAAUUACUGGAAAAAUUAGAAGAUGAAUUUGUCUCCAAUACCACAACCGCUGUGGAAAUAAUGGAAGAGAUUACCGACAGUUCUGAUAUUUUGGGCUUGGUGAAGUUGUUCCAAAAUUUUCAAUUGGUUUAUUUCAGACAAUGUGUCCAGGAAGUGGAAGCAAACCUUAAGGUUUUAAAUAGUUUAGAAAAUUAG